AUGUCAAUUAUUGAGGCUGAGAAAAAUGAUGAUGUAUCUACUCCUGCUGAAUUAGGAAUUGAAGCUGAUAUUGUUGAUAGUGAUUAUAAACUUGGAAAUGAUUAUGUUGUAAAUCACCACAUAUCUUUUGAAUAUUCUUUACUCGUUAGAAAACCAAUCGAUGGUUUAUAUAUAAUUCCUAGUGCAAAUGAUCCUUUUUUGUGGUUUGGUAUAAUUGUUAUUAGAUGUGGUGUUUAUACGGGGGGAAUUUUUCGGUUUCGUUUUUAUAUACCAAAAGAUUUUCCUAAUACUAAAAGUGUACCAAAAAUACAAUUUGAAUUAAAUAUUUUUCAUCCUUGUAUAUAUCAAAAGACAAAUAUUGUUAAUUUACAGCGAUUUUUUCCAGAUGGUUUUAAAGCAAAUAGGCAUCGUCUUUAUCAUGUUUUAAAUUAUCUUCAAAAGAUGUUUUUCAUGCUUGAUGUUGAUAUUCCAACUGCUGCAAAUCCAGAAGCAGCUAUACUUUGGCAAUCUGAUAAACAACAGUUUAAAAAAUUAACUUCUGAAAUUGUACGACAUUGUCGAGCUAUUGUGUAUGAUCCUCCUAAUGAGGAUGAUCCAAAUGCUAUUCAAUUUGUACCAUGGAAUGAAGAGAUAUAUGGUCCUAUUAGAAAAUUAAUGUUUAAAACACUAAGUAAAAAUCAUUUUUCAUCUAAAGAUCAAGCAAGUUUGUCUGCAAUUUUACUUCAGCACUCAAUUGGUGGUUCGGUACCAAUACAUUUACCAAAAAUGAGACCAAAUAAAGGUUUCUCAUGGAUUAAUACAGAAACUAUGAGAUCACUUACAGAUUUAUCUUUAUCAUAA